UCCUCCCCCCCUAGCCUUUGUCACUCGAGUUGUGAUCUACGAACUGGAAGCAGAAAUCUGGGGCCCUGGGUAUUGCCAGACAGAACUCUUGGGAUCGAGCUCCUUGUGCCCUGGGCUCCAUGGCCGACAAGAAAGUGGUGGUGGUUUUUGGAGCCACAGGUGCCCAAGGGGGCUCAGUGGCACGCGCAUUGCUGGAAGAUGGGACAUUCAGGGUACGAGUGGUAACGAGGAACCCAGAGCAGAGAGCAGCCCAAGAGCUGAAGCUGCAAGGUGCUGACGUAGUGCAAGGAGACCAGGAUGACGAGCCUAGCAUGGAGCUGGCACUGACAGGAGCUCAUGCCACCUUCAUUGUGACCAACUACUGGGAGCAGUGCAGCCAGGACCGGGAAGUCAAGCAGGGCAAGCUUCUGGCAGAUCUAGCCAAACGCUUAGGCCUCCAUUAUGUAGUCUACAGUGGCUUGGAGAACAUCAGGAAGCUGACAGCGGGAAGGCUGGCGGCAGGCCACUUUGAUGGCAAAGGGGAGGUGGAGGAAUAUUUCCGAGACAUUGGUGUUCCCAUGACCAGUGUGCGGCUCCCUUGCUAUUUUGAGAACCUCCUUUCCUAUUUCCUGCCCCAGAAAGCUGCAGAUGGAGAGAGCUACUUGCUGGACUUGCCCAUGGGUGAUGUCCCCUUGGAUGGAAUGGCAGUGAGUGACCUGGGCCCCGUGGUGCUCAGCUUACUGAAGAAACCAGAAGAGUAUGUAGGGCAGAACAUCGGGCUCAGCACCUGCAAGCACACUGCAGAGGAGUAUGCUGCCCUGCUCACCAGACACACUGGCAAGCCCGUGCAUCACGCCAAGACAACUCCUGAGGAAUACGAGAAGCUUGGCUUCCGGGGGGCCCGAGACUUGGCCAACAUGUUCCGUUUCUAUGCCCUGAAACCCGACCGGAACAUUAAUCUAACCCUGAAACUCAACCCCAAGGCCCGGACAUUGGACCAGUGGUUGGAGCAGCACAAAGGGGACUUUGCACAGCUGUGACCUUGAAGCCCUCAUCUGGGGAAUGAGAGGUACAACCGUCUUUUCUUUUGUGGUAUUGUUUUUUUCCCAAAUAAAACCAUUGUUCUUGCA